UUCACUGCUGUCAGUCACGCUGCUGGACAUGCGGCGUUACUGACGUCACUCACUACAGUGGGUGGGGCCACCGUUGUCAAUCAGCGGCGCGCCUUGCCCAGUCACGUACGAAGAGGGCGGGGUUUACCCGCUGUCGCCGACCUGUCCAUCAUGUCGUAGAAGGCGGGGCUCUGUCACUCGCUGGACCCCAGGAGGAAGCGUGGCUGUGAAUACUUGGUCUUGACAGACGCACCAUCAGGAUGGGACUUGUUUCCAGCUGUUAGUAAUAGACCUGUCACCUGCUCUGGUACCCCUACAGGAAAGGAAGGUUAAGGGAAGAUUGAAUUGCUGUUCAAAGACAUGCUGGUUGGUAGGUUAAUUGCCUCUAUAAGUUGCCCCUAGUGUGUAGGAACAGCAUGAAUUCAGUGAUCCUGAGCUACCAUGAUAGCUUAAUACGGCACUCAGAUUUUCUCCUCCUCAACCCACCCAACUGGCUCAAUGACCAUAUCAUAGGGUUUGCCUUUGAGUACUUUGCCACUGAGCAGUACAAGGAGUUACUGGGCAAUGUGUGCUUCAUCAGCCCUGAAGUUACUCAGUUUAUCAAGUGCACAACCAGUCAGGAGGAGCUAGCCAUCUUCCUGGAACCGCUAGCCCUGAACCAGAAGAGCUUAGUCUUCUUGGCAGUCAAUGACAAUUCUGUGCAGGCAGCUGGGGGUUCUCACUGGAGCCUGCUCCUCUACAGUAGGGACAAGAACUGUUUCAGUCACUAUGAUUCCUGCAGCAGUAUGAACGAAAGCCAUGCCCGUCAGAUAGCCAGGAAACUGCAACACUUCUUGGGAACCAAAUCCAAAGUGCCUUUCUUAGAAGAGUUGGCACCAGUCCAGAAAAACAGCUAUGAUUGUGGGAUGUAUGUAAUAUGCAACGCAGAAGCCCUCUGCGAGCAAUAUCUCAGGAGGGACCAGAGGCCACUACUGAUGGUUGUCACCCCAUCUUACAUCACGCAGAAGAGAACCAACUGGAAGAAGCUGAUCGAGCAGAUGGCAAAGGAAUAAUUAGUUCUUGCACAAACAUUUGCUUUGAUUUGUGGAUGACUCAGCUAUAUUUUUGUUGACGGAGGAAUUAUCUUUGCAGAGUUGCAGAAUGUUUAUAGUCAGUAUAAAAGGCUGUGUGGACUUUGUAUGUCAUGAAAAUUGUCCCUUGUAAGAACGCAAGGCAAUCUUGUUCCCUCACAUCACCCACUCUCUGCAAAGUAAGCUUUCUGCUGGUUGUCUUCUUUGUAAUGUUAAGGUAAUGUUGCAGUGUGGUGACACAUAACUGCUCUGUGAUGUAUUCUGACCUUGCACAAAACCACUUGACCAAAAACUGCAUCACUUUUGGUCCACGGGGAAAGAAGUAAUUGAAUUGAUAGCAACAUGUCACUACUGUCUAUGUUAAACAUCUAUCCUGUUAUUUGACAGCAUGUUAGGGUGCUUCACCACCCUGCAUUCACCUGUAGCUGAAUUAUGCACAAAUGAAGUUAAUCUGAUAUUUUCUUGAUGUUUCUUUUUGUUUUAUCUUGAAUCUUCAAACUUUGUGUGACUCAAUGUAACAGUAGAAACUGAUUUAACAAAGGGCUUG